UUUUUCCCCUUUGCCUUUAAGCCGUGGCCUCUGAUGCUCUGUGCGCGCUCCUGCGCAAAUCUGUGCUGGUUGCCUGGUCAACCAAAUGCGCGUGCCCCUGCAAGCUGAUGUCGGGGGCGCGCAGUUGGGGGACUUAAUGGAGCGGCUCGGACAAAAAUGAAUUAGACACGAAGCUGGAACAAAUUAUGACUGUGGAUUUGGUUUAUUUUGCCCGUUCAGUGUAAAUAUAGAUUCAAAUGUAUUGGUUUAUCCACACAUAUGACUUUGGAGGGCUGCUUAUACAAACUCAGUAGCGCUGAAGAUGACGAAUAUGAUGAAGAAGACCUGCUGUCACUUCACAUAUGAACACUGAAGUAUAUUUAAGGAGGAUUUUCACUUUUUUUAACGCUGUUUUGGCGUUUAAAUUUGUUAGAUUGAUAUUAAAUACAGGUUUUUGGACAUUUUGUAUUUAUUAUAAUACUAAGAAUUUUUGAAUUUGAACACCUAUGACGUGUACAAGAAAACUGAGUUUUCCUGUUUAAAUUUUUUAAAAAGAUAGGUAUUUAAUCUGGUGUAAAUUGUGGGUUAAAUUUAUUGGAGCUGAACAGUUGGACUAUCCAGACACCAUGUAUGCCGGACGCAAAAGAAGAAAGCCAGUGCAAAGAACGGUGAAGCAGCCCCCGGCUGAGGGGGUGAAGUCUAACCCAUCCAAGCGUCAUCGUGAUCGUUUAAACUCUGAGUUGGACCGGUUGGCCAAGCUCCUUCCGUUUCCUGAGGAGGUCACGAGCAGCCUGGACAAACUCUCCAUCCUGCGGCUGAGUGUCAGUUACCUGCGUGCUAAAAACUUCUUCACUGUCGCUCUGAAAAACCACAACUGCAAUGGUUUGUCGGGAAACAAUGGUAACCAUGACAACAGUAAAGCCACGGGAUUGGUCGAUGGCUGGCUGCACGAGGGAGAGCUCCUACUACAGGCUCUCAAUGGCUUUGUGUUGGUGGUCACCGCUGAGGGGAUCAUUUUCUACUGUUCUCACACCAUCCAGGAUUACUUAGGAUUCCACCAGACGGAUGUGAUGCAUCAAAAUGUGUUUGAACUCAUUCAUACUGAAGACCAGCAGGCCUUCAGACGCAACUUACACUGGGCCUUGAACCCGCCUCCAACCAGCACGCAGACAGAAGAAUCCCCACAAGAUGAAGAUCCUGCCCCAAGUAUGUCGCUGGUGACUUGCAACCCUGACCAGCUUCCUCCUGAAAACUCGUCUUUCCUGGAGAGAAAUUUCGUCUGUCGUUUCCGAUGCCUCCUAGACAAUUCCUCCGGAUUCCUGGCCAUGAAUUUUCAAGGACGUCUGAAAUUUCUGCAUGGGCAGAACAGGCGAUUGGAUGACGGAGGCCAGAUGCCAGCCCAGCUUGCACUGUUUGCGAUUGCAACACCUCUACAGCCUCCUUCCAUAAUGGAGAUCCGAACCAAGAACAUGAUUUUCAGAACCAAACACAAGUUGGACUUCACCCCAAUGGCCUGUGAUGCUAAGGGUAAAAUCGUUCUUGGCUACACCGAGGCAGAGUUGCGAGUUCGAGGUACUGGGUACCAAUUCAUCCAUGCAGCUGAUAUGCUGUACUGUGCUGAGAACCAUGUCAGGAUGAUCAAGACUGGAGAAAGCGGCCUGACUGUGUUUAGACUUCUUACAAAGGACAACCGCUGGAAAUGGGUACAAUCCAAUGCUAGACUCGUCUACAAAAAUGGCAAGCCUGACUACAUCAUUGCCACCCAGAGGCCCCUUGUAGAAGAAGAGGGCGGAGAGCAUUUGAGGAAGCGAUCCAUGCAUCUUCCAUUCACUUAUGCUACUGGAGAGGCCCUGCUGUACCAAAUCAGCUACCCCAUGCCAGGCUUCCCUGACACCUUUCAGGGCAAAGGCAAGAACAACAAAACCAAAAAGAGCAAAGUGGACAAAAGUUCAAAGGAUGAUGUGGACCCAAGUUCUCUGCUGGGAGCCAUGAUGAGACAGGAUGAAUCUGUUUAUGUUUGCCAGCCUGCUAUGGAGCCUAGAAUGUCAUUCCACAGUAGCCUCUUCAGUGAGGAAGGAGAGACUAGCACUUUCUCUUCCUCUGUGGAAAAUGAAAGUUGGAAUCCAGCACAGAAUAGUGUAACUGCAGUCUCCAAACAGGAUCUAUCAAGUUUUGACCCACUACUGGCAACAUUAGACUCUCUAUCCCUGGAAAAUGAUGAAAGCUGCUCCAACAGUGAGCUAUUCAGUGCCCUGGAAAACCUUGGACUCAACGCAGAGGAUCUAGAGUUGCUGCUACUGGAUGGGAGGAUGAUCCAGGUAGAGAUGGAACCGGAUUACAUCCCAUCUCUAAACGAUCUUCUCACCAACAGCGAAAUCCUCUCUUACGUCCAAGACUCACUGGAGAACCGGAUCGAGGACUCGACAGAUGCCCAAAACGCUGCCGUGGCAUUAGAUUCUGUUGAACCCCCUAAGCCAUGUUCUGCUUCUGAGUCAGCAUCUCAGAUUACUUCCUCCAUGCUUACUCCUCAUGUACCUUUCUGGCCGCAACAACAGAUAACACCCAUAGUUCAUCUCUCACAGCGUAUGCAGCAACAUCUCAAUGGACAGACGGUUUGCCACAAAACUGAGAACUGGAUCCAGGCACCAAUACCUCAGGCGUCUACAACAGAUGCUGAGCCAACUACAUUUAACCAGCAUAAUACUUUGUUGGUGAACUCUGUACCCAAUGGACACUGGGUCUCUGAACAUACACAGGCAAACUUGAACUCUCAACUUGGUGACAAGAUAACAGGAACUAGUAAAGCACAAUCACAGCAAUGGCAGGACAACCAGUUGCUUGACCCAUUCCAGUAUAAACAGAAAACAGCUGUGGUUAGUGAUACCCCUCCAAAUGGGGUCUACAAUGAACCCCAGUGGCAUGGUUACAACUUGACAGACCAGUUGGUCACAAACGGACUUUGUUUUCCCAAUGGCCAGAUGGUACAUACACAAACAGUGGGUGCACAUGUUGAUUACAAUAUGACUGCCAAUUCAGGGGUGGAGUUUACAAUGAACAUCAGUGCAGCCGGGGAUGUAGGGCAGUUUCAAGGAGCUGUGGCCUCAUCUUCUUCCUAUCAGCAGGGUUAUCAGAAACAGCAGCAGCAGCAGCCAAAGGUCGCACCCACUUAUUACGCCUCCUAUACCAAACAGAACUCAUCUCUGGAGCAUAUCCUGGGAUUAGCCCCACCUUCAAACCUUUCCUCCUUGACAGAUUAUGGCUCUGAAGUGACCCAUGACACAACCCACAGUAAGAUGGAGACGGGCUUUAUACUCAACUCCGCUAGUGUGGCCUACACAGGAAGCUGUUUGGUUCCCAAUGGCAAUGCAGUGGCCACACCUGGCAACAGUCCCCACCCCCUUCCUGAGCCACUCCCACCUCCUCCAGACCCUCAGACCACUGGUUUCUACCUCUGAGUACACAGAUCCGUCCAGAAAAGAUGCCAUCAAUCACGAAAAGACUGUCAUGUAAAAUAUAAAAAAGACAAAAAAAUUGCCAUUUUGAUUUUUUUUUUAGGUUUGUUUAGCCACUUAAAUAAAUUAAUUUUAAUUUAAAUUUAAAUGAGCCAGACUGACCUCUGGAAUAUCGAACUGAAUACUCCACCCAAGAUAAUGUGAUAGCAUUAUAUUAUUAAUUCAAUUAUGAGUUGAUUAUGUAUCAAUUAUGUUUGGAUUAUUUCUCUCAGUGUAUUUAAAAGGAUAGUUCACCCAAAAAUGAAAAUUAACCCAUGAAUUACUCACCCUCAAGCCAUCCUAGGUGUAUAUGACUUUCUUCUUUCAGAUGAAUACAAUUGGAAUUAUUUUUAAUAAAAUAAUAAUAAUAAUCCUGGCUCUUCCAAACUUUAUAAUGGCAGUGAAUGGCUGUUGAGAUUUUGAAGUCCAAUAAAGUUCAUCCAUCCAUCAUAAAAAGUGUUCCACACAAUUUUUUUCUUGCACAAACGCAUUGAUUCACUUCAGAAGGCCUUGAUUAACCCCCCGGAGCUAUGUGGAGCACUUUUUAUGAUGGAUGUAUGCACUUUAUUGGACUUCAAAAUCUCAACAGCCAUUCAUUGCCUUUAUAAAGCUUGAAAGAGCCAGCACAUUCUUUAAUAUAACUCCAGUUGUAUUCAUCUAGAAGAAGAAAGUCAUAUACAUCUAGGAUAGCUUGAGGGUGAGUACAUCAUGGGGUAAUUUUCAUUUUGGGGAACUAUCGCUUUAAUCACUGUCGCUUUGUGAAACACAGGGAAAUUCCUCCAGUUGGCAGAUGCAGUUGAUCACUGUUUGAGAUCUGUAACAGGUGCGUGUUGGGAUACAUUUGUGCGUAAGUAUGUGUGUAAGCAUUAAUUGGGCCUCAUUCAAAAUUGUUUGUAAAACUGUUUGCAAUGCAGCGUCUGUAAAUCACGUAGGAGUGUAUGCAGUGUAAAGCUCUAGCAAAACUGAUUGUUCUGAAACGCAGAUGUUUAUUUAUGGAAAAAAGCAAGGGUGUUACCUUACAUUUACUGACAGUUUAAAGACAAAAUAUGUGCGAUUUCAAUAAUAAAGCAGUUUAGCAGUACGAUAAAGAAUGAGACUCCUCUGUAGAUGUCACUUGUAGAUCUGAACCCUUCUUGCUAUUCCAUUUGUGAGAUUAGAUUUCAGAAAGAUGAUUCUAGAUCAGAUCAACUUACCUUUUAGAUACAGGUGUUCAUGUGUAGUAAAUCCAGAACCAACCCAGUCUCGUGACGAACGCAUAGUAAUUUGAGUUAACCAGGUAAGUCAAGUAAAUGCAUGUCAAUUAGCGUAAACAUUGGCAUAUGACUUGUUUUGAUUUAUCUCAAUUGGAGUAUAAAUCAUACAUUUUGUAGGCGCCAACCAGUACAAUUUACUAUGAUAUUUAACAUGGUUAACUCAAAUUAUUAUGCGUUUGAAAUAAGACCAUGUUGUCCAGAACUUAAAACCAGGUUUGUUUUGUCCAUGAAAGAGAUUCUGGAAGCUUACAUUGUUGAAUGUGUUGAGUAUAUUGUAAAGCAGUUUAAAAAGAAUAUUUCAUCAAGGUGCUGCAAGGUGUUUAAUGUUAUAGUAUUAUGAAGUCACAGAGAAUAUGAAUUUUCAGGCCAGCCUCUUUGUUUUUACGUUUCUUUUUAAAAUACAUAUAUAUAUACUUUAUUUGCAGACAUUUCCUAUAAGAGGUACCACUGGCUCGACUAUGGAUUCGAAUUUCUUUAACACGUAUAUGAGAAAACAAUAAGACAAUCAUUUACAAAAUGUUUAAAGAGUUUGUAAAUAGUCAAAAAAAAAAAAAAUAUUUCAUAUUGUUGUAAGCACUAUUUUAAAGAGCACUGCAACCUAAAGAGGUUUUACUUUUUUUUCGGCACAAGAUGUAGGCUUCUAGAGAGAUGUUUUUUGGAGUAAAUAUUGUAUAAUUUUUAUCAGGUUGUGUGUUCUGUUUGUAUAUUUUAAGAAGAAGUUUUACACUUUAAAUAAAGAACAUGGUGCCAUACUGGUAAAUUUACUUUCCAGAAUUUAAGUGUUUUACUAUUUGCUUAGAAAUUGUCAUCCAUGUCAAUGGUUUGCCAUGUUUUUGUUUUUUUAACAAAUCGUAUUUGAUUAAAAAAAAAAUCACGUUUGGAUUAAUUUUAAUAUUCUAACACACUGAAAGUAGCAGAGACGAUAGGUACAUAUGCAGUUCUGUCUUUUUGUCAUUUGACUGCUUGUUGAAAUGUUCAAUUUGGUCCUUUAAUUAAAGAAUUUGUGCAA